GUAGGCGAGUGUGCGACGAGAGAUAGAGAAUCGAGAGAAUGAUCUUCGAAAAGAUGCAAAAGGAACAUGUUUUGAAGAAAGAAAAUUACCUGAUCGCGACGACGCGUGGACGAUAAACGGCAUUCGUUAAUCGAAUUAACGUAAUCCGAGGGACGAGCCAGGCGAGCACGAGCAGAGCGUGAUGAGAUUCCCGGCUAUAGGCUUUCCGGCUUAGGCCUCGGGCCUCCUCUUUCUCCGUCACCUCCUCGGAUUAAAAACUGGUCGAUUUUGCUGCGAUAAUAAAAUUGCUAAUACCGAGAAAGGUCCGGUCGAUCAGGCGCGUGAGUCAUUUAAACAAAAUUGGAGCCCGUUUUACUUAAAACAAACUAACAGGCUUGUUUCCGCUCGCCAAAUCGGCCGAUAGACCCGAAGAAAACCCGCUCGCUGAUCCAUGCACCCGAGGAAUCGCCUCCUCUCCCAGCGACGGGAAGAAACCUUCCUUCGUUUAAAGUACGUUCAUUCGUACACGUAUACAGGGUGAAUCAAUAAGAAUUAUCAUUUUAAACAACGCGAUGUCAAAAAUCCUUAGCAAAAUGAAUUGUGAGUCGUUAGAACGUGAAUUAAUCCAGUGAGCUGCAACGUUCACGAGAUUCAUGUAAUACAGCUUCUAGUGAAGAGAAGAGAUAAUCAAUUAUUGACUACCCUGUAUAGCGUGCUUCGGUAUUUUUGUUCCAACGAGAUUACAGUAGUUUCGAGAUUUACACGUUAGAAAUCGAAUACGAGCAUCGGAACGAAUGAAACCUAGAAUGCGUUUCGUCUUUCAACGAAAUUGAACGAAAAUAAUUGAGGAGAUGUUAAAAAGAAGUCUGCACGCGAGCUCGAACAAUGAUCGAUUCUAAGAUCUUACCGAGUAUCGUUAAAUUCAUUGUCGCUUAUCGUUACUUAAAACAAAAGUUAUUUAAGGGCUAAAAUGCUUUCGUUCGCACUUCGAGUUCGCAGUUGGAGCUGGCGGGGAUAAAUAACCCGUAGUAGGGGAAUUACGUGAAACUGCGAUUGGUCGUGUCGAUAGCGUCCCGACGAAUAAGAGGGAAGGGAGUGAGUGGGUAACAUUGGCGAGGGUAGCCGGGAUCCGGAACGACUGCCACGGCACGGGACCGGACGAGUUUUCAGUUAGCGGCGAACCGCGGCCGGUUCUGGAUAUCUCGACGUCGUCGUCAUCGUCCACGCUUACGUUCGGUCUGUUCGCGUCGCGUUGGACUCGGUUCGGCUCGGUACGUGUCGUGUUUCAUCGCUCAAAAGUGAGUAGAGAUAGCUGAGUACACGCAGACUCUUCGGGCGCGAGGCCACGCGCCUCUUAACCUACCCGUCCCGUUCGCCCUUUGGAAUGAUACCUCCGCGCGCGUUCAGAACCAGAACGGAAUACACCUGAGACGGUGACACGGACAGGGUGUUUUUUCAUGAGGACACAGCGCCGGGGGAUCGUCGGGAACGUCGGGCAAGUUCGGGACUCGGUUCCCUCGGGACUCGUUCCCGCCGUCCCCUGAAGUAUUUGACUUGCACGUAUAUAGAAUGCGACCGGAGGAAUUGACGGAGGAAAGUAAUAGAAGAGCGGCGGCGGACGUCAUUGAUACCGUAAAGGAUCGGGCCAAGAUCGGAGAUGACCAGUAGAAGAGAAUCUUGAAUCACCCAAUCUUGAGUCGUCGCGAUAAGUCGGAAACGCGUGUAUGUUGAAACAUCCACGUUUGUUUUCUCUCCUGGAAGAGUCGAGAAUUUGGCCCAGGGAAUCGCGUGGCAGAGAAUUUCGCUGAAUCGGAAUUGAAUUUCAUCAAAAGAGACUUGACGAAAAGAUAUUUUCUAUUCACUUUGAAAUCGUCCGUUGCCUCAGAGAACGCGGUUGGCUAAGAACUAAUUUAUGGAAUUAGAACUAGGAGAAGUUGAGGAGGACACGCGUUCUUUUGUUGAAUAAACGAGAGACCAAGGUUAAACAGAGUCGUCGCUCUUUCUUAAUUUUUCUUUUCGAGUUGUACGAGUUCGACAAACUUUUCAUUCAUAAACUGUUACCAGAAUUCCGUUGGGACGCAGUUGAUUCAACAAAGAAUCGAGCCCCGGUAAUUACUCCGCUUCUUCGAACGAACCAACUAUCUAAGAUUUAUCGUUACAAUUUUCAAACCUGUAAAACUGUCUAAAGUUGAUUCCAUUAAUACGGAAUUCGUUGGCAAGUUGGAAAAUAGGAAAGAGGCAAACGAGAGGAGGAAUCCUCCAUUAAAGAGGAGGAUAAGCUUCGGAAGUAAUUCUCGCGUAGGACAAGGACGCAGGAUACACUUUAUGCGUGGGUGACACACGGCAAGGUGCUUCGAGAUAAACAGAGAAAUAAGUACUAGAGGAGAGAGAUAAAACGAAGGUAUAGAAGCGAAGGAUACAUACCGCGAGAGAGAGAGAGAGAGAGAGAGAGAGAGCGAGCGGGACGAGAGAGAGAUAUAUGGAGCGAGGAUAUACCGAAUACAGAAGGAAGAGAUAGAAGAUAUAGCGAAAACCGAAGGGUGAAAGCGAGACGGGAGAUACGUGCUCGGAACAGGUGGAAGAGGACAGAAACGAGCGGUGGCAAGAAUAAGAUGAGAGAUAUAUGAGAUUCGGGGAGAGGGAGAGAGUGCGAGAUAAAGGAUAUAUCAAAAACCGUAGAAAGAAAGAACGAGGGAGAAAGUAUACGAAAACGGGUGAUUGAGAGAGGCCGCGAGAUAAAAGAGAAGGAAGGAGCGUAAACGGGAGGUUGAAAGAGAGGCAGAAGAAUAUAAGCGGUGAAAGAACCGCCGAGAGAGAAAGGAGGCUUAAAAAUAGAGAGGGAAGACGCGCACGGGUGAUACUCGUUCUCGAAGGACUGAAGAGUUGAAUAAAAUGAAGGGGAGGGGUGAAUUCUCUUGCUCGAUGGCGAUAACGUUGCUGUUCUUCUUCCUGACGUUGCACCGUGGGUGUGCGGAAGCCUCGCCGGCCGGCGGCGAGAUUUACGCGAAGACGUUCCCGUCGUCGCAGCAACAACAUCCAUCGGACCCGUGCUACGACGAGGACAGGCCCAGGCGGUGCAUACCGAAUUUCGUGAACGCGGCCUUCGGGGCAGCCGUCGAGGCAUCGUCGACCUGCGGCAGCGGCGGACCCACCAGGUAUUGCGACGUGAUCGAGCAGCCGGGCGGUACUACCACCGUCGGGCAGUGCCACGUGUGCGACGACAGCACUCCCCGUCGCCGUUUCCCAGCGAGUUACUUAACAGACGUCAGCAACCCUAACAACGUGACCUGCUGGAGGAGCGAGCCGCUGGUGACCUCGCAGAGCUUCUCCGCGCCCCCCGACAACGUCACGCUGACAUUGUCCCUUGGAAAGAAGUACGAGCUGACUUACGUCAGUCUUCAGUUCUGUCCGAAAUCGGCGAAACCGGACUCCAUUGCCAUUUACAAAUCGAUGGACUAUGGGAAGACGUGGCAGCCGUUCCAGUUCUACUCCUCCCAGUGCCGUAGGGUCUACGGGAGACCCAAUAGGGCUACCAUUACCAAGGCCAAUGAACAGGAGGCUAAAUGCACCGAUAGUCAUCGUUACACAGGUGGGAACGGACUGGCCCCGGUGGGUAGGAUCGCGUUCAGCACCCUCGAGGGUCGCCCGUCGGCCUCCGAUUUCGACAACUCGCCCGUUCUUCAAGACUGGGUCACUGCCACUGACGUUAGAGUUGUCUUUAACAGGCUGCACAUGCCGCAGCCGUCGCAGGACCAAGCGAUCGACAAGGGCUCGCAGCUCGGGAGCGACGACGAGGACCGUCGCUUGAACCUCGAAGAGCUCGCGAAACGUGAGCGCGAACGCGAGGAAAGAUUUAAGAGCCAAAAAGGUCAACUCGGUGAUCCCCUGGCCACCGGGCUACCGUCGGUGCACCAGGUGAUCGCCGCCCAAGAGAUGCAGUCGAACGACGCGGUCAAUGAUGACCAAAUCGAGGACGAGGCUCUGGUGACCGUUUCGACGACAACUACGACUACUGUUGGAAGUCCGGUGACCACGGGCACCAUGGCGCAUCACUACGCGGUCUCCGACUUCGCCGUCGGCGGGAGGUGCAAGUGCAACGGACACGCGGCCAGAUGCAUUCAGGGUAAGGAUGGUGAGGUGGCGUGCGAGUGCAGACACAACACGGCCGGCAGGGACUGCGAGAGGUGUCGGCCGUUCCACUUCGAUCGGCCCUGGGCACGUGCCACCGCCAGGGAUGCCAACGAGUGCAAAGAGUGCAAUUGCAACCUCCACGCGAGAAAGUGCAGAUUCAACAUGGAGCUGUACAAGUUGUCGGGACGCGUAAGCGGAGGCGUUUGCCUUCAGUGCCGGCAUUUCACCGCCGGUAGACAUUGCCACUACUGCCGGGAAGGUUACUACAGGGACCCGGCCAGGCCCAUCCAGCAUCGGAAGGCCUGCAAACCGUGCGACUGCCAUCCGAUCGGAGCCUCUGGGAAGACUUGCAACCAGAGUACGGGCCAGUGCCCGUGUAAGGACGGCGUGACCGGUACCACCUGCAACAGAUGCGCCAGGGGAUACCAACAAAGUAGAUCUCACAUCGCCCCCUGCAUCAGUAAGUACCCAGAUACACAGAUACCGAGGGUCGUGCAGACCCAGGGCACGGCCGGGGAGGAGAGCGGGGAGUACGAGGACGACGACGAGGAUCGCGGUUACGAUGGACGAGCCGAUCAAUGCGGAAAGUGUCGGGCAAGCACGAAAAGAUUAAACCUGAACAAGUAUUGCAAAAGAGAUUACGCCAUCCUGGGUAAGAUAACGGACAGGCACAAAAAGAACGACGGCUCACCGACCGGGACGAGCGUGUCCGGCUCGGUAUGGAUACGUUUCACCUUAAACGUCGACUUCAUCUACAAGAAGGCCGCGAACUCGAGGAUCCGUCGCGGAGACGUGUUCCUCUACGUCCACUCGGCCGACCUGGCGUGCCGUUGCCCCAAGAUCAAGCCGAACAAAUCGUACCUGAUCCUCGGGCAGGAGAGCGACGGCGGGGGUCAAGGCGGUCUGACGGUGACGCAGAGGUCGAUCGUGAUCGAGUGGCGCGAGGAGUGGCACCGGCGGAUGCGCCGGUUCCAGAGGAGGGCGAGAUCGUGCCAUUGAACUACAUAAUUUUCCCGGCUAACACACACACACACAUACACACACACGAGCGACGGGUCAGCCGAGGGAAAAUCAGCGACGACCGGCGACGGGCGGGAGAAGAGGGGAAGCGAGGCGAGAAAAUGAAAAGAGAACGAGAGGAAAGGAAGAGAAGGUACUAGAAUUCGAGACGGUAGGAAUAACACUGCCCGAUCGAGGAGAUUCUGUGCCUGGACGAAGCAGAACGUAUUAAAUUAGAGACUCAUUUUCAAUACUCCUAUUUGAUAUUAAUAUACUCAUUUUUUAACAUUGAGUAUUAGUAUUCUCUAUCAGUAUUUCAUAUUUUUAUUCGACGCUAUGCGGUGUCCGAUAUUAAUAUACGACUAUUCGAUAUUCCUAUUUCACGUUAGUACUCUGAAUUAAUAUCGUAUAUUAAUAUCGAAGGCACUUGGCUUAAAUCGAGAGACAGAAAUCAAUCCGAGCGCGACGAAAUUAAGGAUGUAUUGGCUAUACAGUCCAAUUAAUUAUCGACGCUGGCUUUUUAUAUAGAAUUUGUAGGCGUUG